GUUUCCCGAGAAAAAAAACAGGAAAAAAAAAAAGAACACGGUAUUUGACUACCGAAUUCGUUGAAUCGCUUACUGUAGCACUUUAAUUUUUGGUUCCAACUUUUUAUUCACAAAAUUCAUCAGCAACUAGAGAAUGGAACUUUCACUCUGAUUUUUUUUUUCUUUUCCGUAUUUACUCUGUUCGAUUUUGUGUUCUUGUGCUGCUAAAACCCUGCGUUUUAGGGGUUUUGGAUUUCAGUUUUCUGUAUUCGACUUGAGAUUUUUGAUUUUUUUUGGAUAUCGAAAGUUGCAUGCUGGGAGGUUUCAUUUACUUCAACCUUUGUAGCAAAUGCGUUCCUUGAACUGCUUAAAAAGUAUCAACUGUCAGUAUGGGUGACUUGUCAAGGGAGGAUUUUAGUAAUACGCUUCGAAUACUUGUUGCUACGGAUUGCCAUCUGGGUUAUAUGGAGAAGGAUGAAGUACGGCGCCAUGAUUCAUUCCAGGCAUUUGAUGAGAUAUGCUCAAUAGCACAACAAAAAAAUGUGGAUUUUUUGCUUCUGGGUGGUGAUCUGUUCCAUGAGAAUAAGCCUUCAAGGUCAACACUAGUUAAGGCCAUUGAGAUUCUCCGCCGUCAUUGCCUCAAUGAUCAGCCAGUGCAGUUCCAAGUUGUUAGCGACCAGACUGUGAAUUUUCCAAAUACAUUUGGUCAUGUAAAUUAUGAAGAUCCUCACUUCAAUGUUGGAUUGCCAGUGUUUAGUAUCCAUGGAAAUCAUGACGACCCUGCUGGAGUGGAUAAUCUUUCUGCUGUCGAUAUUCUCUCAGCGUGCAACCUUGUAAACUAUUUUGGGAAAAUGGGUCUUGGGGGUUCUGGGGUUGGUCAGAUCACUGUGUAUCCUAUUCUCAUGAGGAAGGGUGCAACAUCAGUGGCUCUUUAUGGUCUCGGAAAUAUUAGAGAUGAACGGCUCAAUAGAAUGUUUCAGACACCACAUGCUGUACAAUGGAUGAGACCUGAAUCUCAAGAAGGGUUGGAAGUGUCAGACUGGUUCAACAUUCUAGUGCUUCAUCAGAACAGAGUGAAGACAAACCCAAAAAAUGCCAUCAAUGAGCACUUUUUACCACGCUUCCUAGACUUCGUAGUGUGGGGGCAUGAACACGAAUGCCUCGUGGACCCUCAGGAAGUUCCGGGGAUGGGAUUUCACAUUACACAACCUGGUUCUUCAGUUGCAACAUCACUGAUUGACGGAGAAUCAAAGCCAAAGCAUGUGCUCCUUUUAGAAAUUAAGGGGAAUCAAUACCGUCCAACCAAGAUUCCUUUGACGUCAGUGAGGCCUUUUGAGUACACAGAGAUUGUAUUAAAAGAUGAACCUGAAAUUGAUCCCAAUGAUCCUAAUUCAAUUCUUGAACACUUGGACAAAGUGGUCAACGCUCAGAUAGAGAAAUCUAGGAAAAAUGUUACUGGAUCACAGCUCCAACUUCCAUUAGUUCGAAUAAAGGUGGACUAUUCUGGAUUUAUGACAAUAAAUCCUCAAAGAUUUGGACAGAAGUAUGUGGGGAAGGUUGCAAACCCACAAGACAUUCUUAUAUUUUCAAAAGCUUCUACAAAGGGCCGGAGCGAAGCUAAAAUUGAUGAUUCUGAACGGCUUCGCCCAGAAGAACUAAAUCAGCAAAACAUAGAGGCUUUGGUUGCCGAAAAUAAUCUGAAAAUGGAGAUCCUUCCUGUCAAUGAUUUGGACGUUGCAUUACACAAUUUUGUCAGUAAGGAUGACAAAAUGGCUUUCUAUUCUUGCGUGAAAUACAAUCUUGAAGAAACUCGAAAGAAAAUUGCUAAGGAUCCAGAUACAGUGACAUUUGAAGAGGAAGAUUUAAUCGUUAAAGUCGGGGAGUGCUUGCAGGAACGUGUCAAGGAAAGACCUACGAACUCUAAGAGUAACUCUCCAUUCUCUUCCACUGCCCCUCCUUGGGAGGAUUUCAGAAGUACAAGUGCUGCUGGAACUGCAAGUGCAGUUUCCUUCAGUGACGAUGAAGAUGCAACGCAGAUGACUGGCUCAACAUCCACUGCCAGAGGCCGCAAGGGCAGAACGUCUACCUCAGAAGUUGGUAAGGGUAAAACUACUGCAAGAGGAAGGGGCAGGGGCAGGGGCAGGGGCAGGGGUACCAGUACCUUAAAGCAGACGACUCUCGAUGCAUCUCUUGGAUUUCGGUCUUCUCAGAGAUCUGCAUCAGUUGCUGCAACUGCUGCUGUACGAAGUAUUGCUGAUGAUGGGGAUGAUGUGGAUUCUCCUUCCAGUGAAGAAGAGGCGGGGAAACUUGGAAUUGAUGAGGUUGAUAAUAGUUCGGAAAAUGAUGAAAUUGUUCCAAGUAGAGGACGGAAGAGGGCUGCUCCAAGGGGGAGAGGUAGAGGCUCUACGCAACCAUCUAAGCGUGGAAGGAAAUCAGAUAGAUCUGCAGUUAACCGAAUGUUUAUGAACAAAGAUGAUGACGACGACGAUGAUGAAGAUGUGACAAAGAGAUUAAAUAAGCCUCUGCCUCGGGUCACGAGAAAUUACGGUGCUCUUAGAAGGUAACAAUCAGUAAAGUUCGCCCAUGCUUUGACAAGGCAGUCCAACUUCAUGUCACGGUUCCAACCUUAUGUACCUUCCGAAAGGUCGCAAAAUGUAAUUUGAUCUUUCCAAGAGUGGAUGCCCGCUUCAGCUGAUUUUGUUCCAAAUCGAGUUAAUGUUCUUUUUCGGGUACUGUACGUAUCUGUCUUGAGCGAUACAUGAUGUGAGAGAUUGUGAACAUGGUGACGGCCAUGGUUUCCAGCCACCAGACAAAGCAACCGUGGUAUCAACUGGAAUUUGUGGUCGCAACAUCCAUCUGAUUUGUUUUAGCUUGGAAACAACCCCGUUGUCUGAGAUGGCUUGUAAGUCAAGAAAACAUCAACUUGUAUUACACCAUCAAAGUAAACGAUUUGCGCGUCUAACAUUUCAUUA